UGGCAGAUAAUAGUUGGUUAUCUUCCCCUGCCAACCGACAGGUGGCGCCACUGUUCCCGGUCCAUCAGAAUCCCUUAUCGAUUAGCAUCAUUCUGAGACAAAUCAAAACAAACGUUCUUUACUUUUAAAAAAUGGAAUCUAAGUUCGGAUCAUUUACAAUUCCACAACUGAAGGCAGAAUUGAAAAAAAGGGGUGCUAGACUUUCUGGACGUAAGAAUGAAUUGGUUGAAAGAUUAGUGUCUUACGAGAGAAAUCAAAACUUUGGAAAUGUAGAGACUUUAGAGCCUGAAUACAACAUGACAUUACCAGAUCCCACAAAAUAUGCGGAUGUCAACUCGGAUUCAAAAUUUCCGAAAACAGAACUAGACAGUGUGCAUAAGUAUCUGGCACAGCAUGAGAAAACCCUGGAUAAUCGUAUUCAAAGACUAUACAAUGAGCAGUUUUUGAGAUAUUUCCGUAUGUCACCAGGACAGGAUGUUGUAUAUAUUAAAUCAAGUUGUCAUGCAGAGAUGAAGAAAGGUGUGUGUUAUACUGUAGAUGUUGAACUUAACUCUGGGGGGUCAGUUAUUGAGGCACAGUGUGAAUGUGCUGCUGGUAUGGGGCCACAUGCUCACUGCAAACAUGUGUGCACAGUACUUUAUGGUGCAGUAAUGUUCUCCCAGAAAAAGACAGUAAAAACGGAAGAAACAUGCACCCAAAAAUUGCAAAGUUUUCAUAAGUGUAAAAAAUAUUUAGGAAGUCCAUUAAAGGCUGAUACACUUGAUAUGCCUGGUGCAGCUGAAUUAACAAACAUUGACUUUGACCCAAGACCAGAGCAGUUUAGAAAUUCUGUUAGCUAUCAAGACCAUUUCAGAAAUGCAUGCUUGAAUUUCCCUGGCAUAUCCAAAAUGCCAAUAUUCAAACUUUGAAC